UCCCCUGUACUUAUCUAUAUUCACCUAUCCACAUUCCACACAUAAAUCAUUUAAAUCAAUAUAUAUAUAUAUAGCAAUAAUUAAUUAAGCAAUGUAUAAGAUGAAAAUAUUGUUAUUUCUGCUUAUCUCCACCGUCUCGGUUUCUUUAGGCCAACGGUCACCGGAUCCAGUUCGUGACAUAGACGGGAACCUGGUCCGGUCUGACACAGACUACUACAUCUUGCCCGUCUUCCGAGGCAGGGGCGGUGGUGUAACACUAGCUCCCACAAGAAACGAGUCGUGCCCCCUCGACGUGGUCCAAGAAAACUUGGAGGUAGAUCGUGGUCUACCGAUGAAAUUUACACCCGUGAACCCCAAGAAAGGCGUCAUUCGUGAAUCCACGGAUCUCAACAUAAUAUUUUCGGCUUCUUCAAUCUGUAUUCAGUCAAAUGUAUGGAUGCUGGAGGCGUACGAGGGUCAACUGAUUGUAUCAGGUCAUGGUGUGGCAGGUAACCCGGGUCGACAAACCAUUAGCAACUGGUUCAAGAUUGAGAAGUUUGAUAAUGAUUACAAGAUCGUGUUCUGCCCGACUGUUUGCGAUUUUUGCAAGCCGGUUUGUGGAGAUAUUGGUGUUAAGAUUGCGGAAAAUGGAAGCAGACGUCUAGCUAUAAGUGAUGUGCCUUUCAAGGUUAUGUUCAAGAAGGCAUAAUUAAUUACUUCUCGAUCUAUAUAUGCUCGUCGUCCUUGCCUUUGAUGAACGAAUAUACCCUAGUACUUACAUUUUUUAUAUUUGAAUAAACCACUAUAUAUGUAUACAUUAUAUUCUUGUAACGAUAUUUAAAAAAAUAUUUAAUAAUAACCAACAUUCUUGG